CGAUUGCAAAUAUGUGCGGGCCGUGCCUCGAGAGUCGAAAGAGGUAUGGCGAACAUGUCUUGCGACCAAUGAGCGAGGGUGCAUGUUUUCUGACGUGCCGAUCUCUCACCGCAGGAGGGCUCUUCGUGUGUGGCAGCAUGAAUGCAACUUCAUCGUUACUUCUGCGUGCUGCGCCAUGCCUCACCGGCACCAACGUCGUGCACCCUGCCCCAGCAGCGUUGCUGCUCCUUCCGCGCCGAUCCGUUUGCUGGUCCUAUAAGCUGCCGACACGCUGCCUGGUUCCCUCGCUGUCGCCGCCGCCUGCUGCUGCAUCUCCCUGUGGGCGCUGCUACUCCCAGGUGAGGCGCUUCGAAUGCUCGCCCAGCCCUUCAGGAACAAGGGCGUUGCACCGAGAUAGCCAUAGUCUUCAAGCACUCUUUCGCAGAGCACUUGCCACGACAGUCGCGUCGCCGAUCGCAAAGGCCGCUGACUCGGGGGACGUAGCAGAAGCACCACGCCUUUCUGGUCAUGGCUCUGAUGGUCAACAAGACUCAUCUCACUCCACCAUCACGCAUCCCCAUGUCGCAUAUCAUCUGUUCGCCGUCGCCUGCCUUGUCUAUGCCAUCGUCAUCGUCGGCGGUCUCACACGGCUUACCGAGAGCGGCUUGUCCAUCACCGAAUGGAACCCAGGGUUCAAGGGGAUGUGGCUGCCUUCAUCGCCAGAGGAGUGGGAACACGAAUGGUCGAAAUAUCGCCAAACGCCGGAGUUCUUGCUACUGAACAAGAGCAUGACGUUAGACGACUUUAAGAGUAUCUACAUGUGGGAAUGGGCGCAUCGGGUGCUAGGCAGAGUCAUCGGUGUCGCCUUUGUCCUUCCUGCUGCCUUCUUCCUGACACGCCGAUGGGUGGCAAAGGACACGCGCUGGAAGCUGCUCGCCAUCGCAGGCGGCAUCGGCUUUCAGGGCUUCCUUGGAUGGUACAUGGUCACGAGCGGCCUCGCACCUCCACCAGGCUCUGCUCCCGUCAUCUCGACGGCUGACACGCAUAUAACGACUGCGCUCCCUCCGCAAAGCCCAGCGGACUGGACGCCACGAGUGAGCCAGUUUCGUCUAGCUGCGCAUCUCGGAACGGCCUUCCUCGUGUAUGCGGGCAUGGUGCACACCGGACUUCUCGUCCUGCGCGACUACAGAUUUACCGUUCAAAAAGGCACUGUCGGCGGCUUCAACAUGGCCGUGCAAGGUGCUGCGGAGAAAUACAUUGCCGCGCUGCAACAUCCGUUAUUCCGACGUCAUGCUCGCAUCACAGCGGCAGUCACCCUUCUCAGCUUCAUCACCAUCCUCUCGGGUGCCAUGGUCGCCGGGCUGGACGCCGGGCUUGUCUACAAUGAAUUCCCUGCAAUGGGUGAAGGCAGGCUCGCACCGCCCUUUACGGAGCUCAUGGAUGAUCGCUAUUCCCAAAGGCCAGACAAGGGCGACAAGGUCUGGCGCAAUCUGACGCAGAACCCAGUGACAGUGCAGCUCAUACACAGGACACUCGCCAUCACUACUCUGUGCUCUGUCAUUGCCUUCGGCUGGAGAACGCGCAAUCUCAGAGCCGCCUUCCAGCGCGCAACAGCAGGACAGAUCCAGCUUCCCCCCGUCAUUCCUCGCUUGGCCAUGCUUGCUUCCGCUUGCGCAAUAGGCCAGGCGACGCUGGGCAUCAUGACGCUCAUCUACUUAGUUCCCAUCCCACUAGCGUCCGCGCACCAGGGCGGCUCUUUGAUCGUCUUGACUGUCCUCGUCUCGCUUCUAGCGGCUAUGAAGAAGCCAAGUCAGGCGAUGCAGCUUUGGAGGCAACAGCAGCAACUCGGGCGCGGGGCAAAAUCGCUGUGUGACACGAUCUAGUGAAAGUGUGACAUAUGUAUGCUACAUCCGCAACACGAUCACAACUCAUUAACAGUCUA